UCUAAUUCUACAGUCAGACAGUUUCAGUUUUGUAAUUUGAAUCACUUCAUUCGCUUGUAUAAUUAUUUGUAUCUCUGUCGGAAAGAAAAGUUUGAUUCAUUUCGUAAAAUUUGUAAAAAUGUCUACCGAUAUUAAUGAAAUCGGAUCUCAAAAAGUGAAAAGCGUUAUCACAGGGGAGUCCACAGAGCUGAGAAGUUUCUGGCAAGAUCAGAAUGUGGUCAUCAUAUUCUUCCGUCGUUGGGGCUGCUUGCUUUGCAGGCUGUGGGCUAGAGAGUUGGCUGAAAUAGCUCCUGUACUGCAGAAUAAUAAUAUCAAGUUGGUAGGCGUGGGCGUCGAAGAAGUUGGCAGUAAGGAAUUUGUCGAUAAGAAAUUCUUUGAUGGAGAUCUGUACUACGUAGAGAACUUAUCAACGUAUCAGAAGCUUGGCUUCAAAAAGUUUAAUGUGGUGAGCAUCAUAUCGUCGCUGUUUUGGAAGCAGUCCAGGGAUGCCAUAUUCAAAGGCCAAGGCAUGGGACUCGGCGGGGACCUGAAAGGCGAUUGGGGGCAGACCGGCGGUGCAUUGUUAGUUGGAAAGGGCGGGAACUUGCUCCACCAUUUUGUGCAGCAUGGGCCCGGCGACCAUUUGCCUAAUUUGGAAAUUUUAAAGCACUUCGGAUUGGAGAAUGAAUACAAACCUGAGACAAUGGCGAACCAAAGCCGCCAGGACGUGCAGUGUACUACAGAGGCGUCGUAAAGGCUGGCUCGGAGUGCUCGAGAGACACUCGCUCGCCCCCAUACACGCAAUAUGGACGGAGCGACGGUGUAACUGUAACACUAAAGUGUAAUAUUCAAUCCAUUGAAUGUUUUAUUUAUCGGUCAUUCGUUCGGCCGAAGGCAGCCGUCGAUGGAUUGGCGGCGAUGAUAAAUUCUCAGUGAUAUUUGAUACAAAGGACGGAAAAACGUCUGUUUUAAUUAAUGGAAAUCUAAAAAAACUAACAAUAGAAACGAGUCUAAAACGCUCUCCAAUAGUAGUGCAAAUAAAAAAUUUACAAAAAUAAACAAAUACAGUAGAAUCUUGAUUAUCCGAAUCAAAUAAAACCAAGAUUAUUCCGUAUAGUUGAAAAUCCGGAUAAUCGAUUUCAAAGUCAAAUAAUAAUUAAAUUGUAAUGUUUUUUUUUAUUAUGUAAAAUCAAAUCAAAUCAAAUCAUAUUUAUUCGCUUGCUACAUGGUACAAUAAGUCGUUACAUACAUAUACAGGCACAUAACAUGCAGCACCCCGCAGAGGUAUGCAAAGGUUUUACAUACGUCAUUCAGACAAUACUAUAUAAAAAAUUAUGAGCUAUGCAUAAUAAUAAUUAUAAUUUCCCAAUUAAUACAUAAUAACAUUACUAAAUCGGUAAAAAGAAAAAGAAGUAGUCGCGAAGAAAAGUCCGGAUAAUCGAAUAUUCAGAUAAUAGAUUUUCGGAUAAUCGAGAUUCUACUGUAUUUAAAAAGCAAAUUGCUGAUAUCCAAUAGCAGCAUAAAUAAAAAAUCGACUGAUUUAAAUAUCUAAAAAAAAAAAAUAACUAAAAUGUAAAACAUUUCGCGUUAAGUGAUUAUAUCAACAUAAUUAAAAAUUCUCAAAAUGAUUUUUAAUCGAAGACUGACCUAAAAAAAAACUUUUUACAAUUUAGUUAAUAUAUAAACAAAUUAGACAACAUAAAGCCCUAGGAAAAAGAGAUGACUUUUUUUCUAAAUUGAAAAAAGAAAGAAUAGAAAAUAAAUUGUUCAAAAUUACAGUUUUAAGAAAGAAAAUAAAAUCAAUGGAUGGAAUAUUACAAAAGUAAUGCACUUAGAAUAUUAUUGUGCACAGAAUUAUAUAUUGGCAUUCUUAGGUUUACAUAUACAGGUAUAUUUUAAAGUAAACAAACUAUUUUUUACAACAUAGUGACGUCAGAAUAACGUACUGUAAUAAUAUGAUAUAAAAUGUAUAUUUAUUUAUUUAUUUACAAUAAUAUGCUCGGUGAAAUGUCGACAUGCUGAGUAUUAUGUCCACUACAUCGAUAAUCGUCGAUAAAUGCCUCUGACUACCCCAUCAGGCAUUGAAGUCUUGAAUAUAAGAUUUUUAUUUUAAAAUAUUUAUAUCGUUUGUUAAAUUUGUUACUGGUUUAAAAAUUGUAAAAAUAUUGUUAUACAGUAAUAAAUAAUAUAAAUAAAUAUUAUGGCUAUGAUCAUAUUAAAAUUGAUAAUUGUUAAUUUUAUUAAUUACUAGCGGCCCGUCCCGGCGUCGCACGGGUGGACAUUUUUACAUUUUAAAAUGUGGCCAUUAAGCCAGCACACGCGACGGAAGCUUAAAAAUGGAGUAACUUCUCCCGUUUCCCCAACAUUUCCCUUCUCAGCUCUGCUCCUUAUGAUCGUAGCGUGAUGAAAAGUAUACUAUAACCUGCCCAGGAGUAUGAAGAAUAAUUGUACCAAGUUUCGUUAAAAUCCGUCGAGUAGUCUUUGUUUCUAUAACGAACAUACAGACAGACAGACAAAAAUUUUACUGAUUGCAUUUUUGGCAUCAGUAUCGAUCACUAAUCACCCGCUGAUAGUUAUUUUGGAAAUAUAUUUCAUGUACAGAAUUGACCUCUCUACAGAUUUGUUAUAAGUAUAGAAGAUUUGUUACAAAAUUUAUAUCCGAUCUCAAUACUACAUAUGUAAUGGGAAAUUAAUGAACUCACCGUCUUUUGCUAUUACACGAGCUAAGCGAGCUGCGGCCCGCAGUACGAGGCGAGACGCUGUGACGCAAAGCGCUGAACAUCGCUGAACAAGACUUCCGGAUGAAGUCGAAACAAUUGUCGGAAACGACAAAAACACGGCGAGUUUAUUAAUUUCCCGUUAUAUAUGUAUAUGGACAUCGAAUAAAAAAUAAACAUAAGUUUGAAUAAAUAAAAUUUAUAUCAUUUGUUAAAUUUGUUAAUAUGUUGUAUUGAUAUGUUUAUAGAUUUACUAGAAUUAAUAUAUUUUUGUUUUCAUAUAAUAUUUUAUAGUGUUUUAUUAUUGGAAAGAUUAGAUCAGUGAUUCUCAACCCUUUUUUUUGUUGUUGCACAUAUUUAACGAUUUCAAAAUUUGGCGGCACACAAAGAAAAAGGUAAAAAUUAUUUACUUAUUACAACACACUGCAUAAAUAGUUUAUGAAAUUUUUUUUAAAUAUUUGCAAAAUUUGGCGGCACACAAAAGUGCCGCGGCACAGUGGUUGAGAAUCACUGGAUUAGAUAAAUAUAUAUUUUUUAUAAAUUAUAAAAAUUACAAAGUAUAAAAGUUAUAUAACUUUAGAGGAAUAACACCUGAGUCCUCAGUAAUGGCAACGCAUGGGGGGUAUCAUGGGCGAAACAGUAUACUCUGUUAUGUCCAUGGUACCGCUCAUGUCUAUAGGCGACGGUUACCACUUUCCAUCAGGUGGGCCGUCAGCUUGUUUGCCAUACUAAGUAGAAUAAAAAAAAAAAACUUUAAAUGGAACACAUAUAACAAAUUAUAAUCUGGAAAGUAUUCGAUAAAACGACUGAAUACUAAAUAAAAUUAAUGAACAACGUAAAUAGAAAAAAAAUAUGAAAAUUAAAACAAGUCUUUCUGUAAAUGAGAUUAAAUAAAUGACGUGGCCACAGAGCCUGUAUUAAUUAAUCUGGAAGAUCCAUAGACAAUGUGUAUAUUUUUAUAAAAAUAAAAAUCAUUCAAGUUAGUAUUUCUAUGGAGAGUAUAAAAAAUAUUUUCAAAAUUUGUAUAAUCUGUUGUUUUAUAGUGGAAUCAGUGGCAAAUUAAGCCCGUUAAGACCAAGAUGAGAGCCUUGAGGUGUCAAAACUAAAUGUAACCCCCGGUUUAAGUUGAUGUCAUUUUACAAGAGUUUUAUUCAGUUCCCAUUUAUAUGUAUAAGUAUGCAUGUUUAUUUAUUUAAAAUCUUACAAGUGAAAUUUUAAUUUUAAUAAACAUACAUAGAAUGUGGAUGAGGACAGGAGGUCCUGGGGGCCUCUUAUUAUUCUGGUAGUAUUCUGGAUAUGUGUCCUUUAAAAGAACACUGUAACACACAACGACUUUAUUGUUUUAAAUAUUAUUACUUGUUAUUAUUGCGAUAUUCUAUAAAAUUAAAUAUUUUAUUGACUU